AUGAGAACGGAAGAUUUCUUGAAUCCUGUUGAAGAACGUGAAAUAGAAGAACUUGUAAAUGAGGAGACAAUAAUUCAAUUAAUCCAAGAAGGCGGUGAAAAUCGGGAUAAAUCUUGGAUACGCGAUAACCUCAAAGACUUAAAACCGAAGAAUUUUUACAAAGAAUUUGCCUACUCUCACACCUCACGGAAACAAGCCGAAGAAAAAUUACACGAGUUACUUACAACAAUCACGAAGGAGAACAAUAGAAUUAAUCGGAAGAGGGCGAAGUCUCUGCUAGAUAAUUUUGAGCCGUGGACGCAGUCAAUUGACUGUGAGAGGUAUUGGUUGGAUGUGGAAGCCUCACUCGCCAGGUCGGCACACGAAGUGGUUGGACGGACUUCGGCGUACAAUACAAUUAAAAACUUCACCAGAAAAAUUAACAGUGAGGAGGAAGAUCUAAAUGAAUUUCAACCGCCAUCGAAAAAAGUCAAGAAUGAUGAACCCAAACAACCACAAACGGCAGAGAACGAGAUAAUAUCAGAUCCCGAAAAUAAUCUGUUUUUUGCAAGGUCAGACUAUGGACCUGAAUGUGAAGAUAAAGAGUAUGAAGGAGCUGAAGAGUAUGAAAAAAACCAAAAAUCAAAACCAAAGUUGUUUUGGUUUGUGGGCCCAGGAGAGAUAAACACAAAGGGUGAAAUUUACAAUAAGUGGGUACUAGAUGAGAUCAAUAUAUCAGAUAUCUUCUUUCAAUUCCGUCAGUCAGCAAUCACAAAGGCAACAGAUGGAAGCAUUGAAGGGAUGAGUGAGAUAUUAGCUCUUAAUCAUAUUUUUUUGAUUCAAGACUCGGAGAGUGGUCAAAUUAUUGACAAACAGCUUUGGGAUAGAGUUAUCCAGCAAGUCUAUCAAGAAUAUCCACCACCUGAUCUGCCAGAAGAUUGGCUGUCUAAAUGCAAUGAAAUGUCAAAAAUGGCUCGAAAAGACUUCAAGAACAGCAAGUCAUUGUUAAAAAAUUGGUACAAAUCGAGUAACAAGGAAUCUGAUGAUAUAAUUUUUGAUGUAUUCCAUAACAUACUCAGCUUAUACACACCCUCAGGAUUAGCGGAAAAUCUCCAAAAAGAUUUGUUUGCCCACAAAGUACUAUCGCAUGUCAUAUCCCCCUUUUUUAAGGAUUUGCUUGAAAUUUCUUCAGUUUGGGCAAAUGAAAUUCUAGAUUCAUCCGCACAUCAUAAGAAGAGGUUUGAUCCUUCAUUAGAAGGAAAGAAACCUGAUUUUGAAUUGCAUAUCUCCAUGAAUCAAAGAAAAGAGAAUUUGCUUGUACUUGAAAUAAAGCCUACAAGCCAUGCACGAUCAAAUAAGGAUACAUUGAAUGACCUUGUAAAGCUCGCUAAUGAGCUAAAAGAUUGCAUUGACAAAAUCAUUAAUGAUGGUUGCAAGUGUACUUUCUACAUUAUGGAUCUUCAAUAUGAUGCAUUAUAUCGAAUGAUCCAACUGGGUGUCUUCUACUUACCUGGAGAUAGGCAUAAUUUUUGUGUUAUUAAUAAUGCUUUGGAAGUGCUCCUUCAUGCACAAGAUAUCGUUAAACAAUCAGCCACCUGUUGUCUUGCUCACCUUCGUGGGCAACAUUCUUCCUCCUCCCAGACAUCACCCAAUCGUAAACUAAUGCAAAGGAAAUCAUUUCAUGCACCUAUCAAAUU